CUACUGAUAACUGACACAGAGCAGCUGUCAUGUCAGCUAUGGGGAGCAUACAGCAGAGAAACCUUCGCUAUUUGGCCCUUGUCUUUUUCCUCCUGACCGCUUCUUCACCUGCUGCAGAUGGUCAGAUCAGACUAGCUGGGUCCGGGUCUACUCGGUGCUCUGGAAGAGUUGAAAUCUAUCACAACAACACCUGGGGAACAGUCUGUGAUGACAGCUGGGGCUUAAAUGAUGCUGAGGUGGUGUGCAGGGAGCUGGGCUGUGGUGCAGCACUGAGUGCCCCUCAGUCGGCCCAUUUUGGUCAAGGAACCGGUCAAAUCUGGCUUGAUGAUGUGGGCUGUUCAGGAAGUGAAAGGUCUCUGACUCAGUGUCAGCAUGGAGGAUUUGGGAAACACAACUGUGGACAUAAUGAGGAUGCUGGAGUGGUCUGUUCAGAGAGCCUCUCAAAGCCCAGCAUCUCCAUGAAUCCUGCUGGUGAGGUUACCUGGGGUCAGAACGUCAGCAUCACUUGUUCCAUCUCAAUUCAGGUUAAUUUAGGUGGAACAUUCCUCCUGCAGCAGACCUCAGGUUCAUUAAGAAAGACCCAAACAUCAAGUACCAACUCUGCUACCUUCAUUAUACCUAAAGUGAACUUUGAUAACGAAGGAUCGUACCAGUGUCAGUAUCAGACAAGUGUUUCAAGACGAGACUUCAGCUCCCCUUUAAGUGACUCUGUCAGACUCUCUGUUACUGGUGUUCUGAUCAGACUAGCUGGGUCCGGGUCUACUCGGUGCUCUGGAAGAGUUGAAAUCUAUCACAACAACACCUGGGGAACAGUCUGUGAUGACAGCUGGGACUUAAAUGAUGCUGAGGUGGUGUGCAGGAAGCUGGACUGUGGUGGAGCACUGAGUGCCCCUCAGUCGGCCCGAUUUGGUGAAGGAACGGGUCAAAUCUGGCUUGAUGAUGUGGCCUGUUCAGGAAGUGAAAGGUCUCUGACUCAGUGUCAGCAUGGAGGAUUUGGGAAACACAACUGUGGACAUAGUGAGGAUGCUGGAGUGGUCUGUUCAGAGAGCCUCUCAAAGCCCAGCAUCUCCAUGAAUCCUGCUGGUGAGGUUACCUGGGGUCAGGACGUCAGCAUCACUUGUUCCAUCUCAAUACAGGUUCAUUUAGACGGAACAUUCCUCCUGCAGCAGACCUCAGGCUCAUUCAGAAAGACCCAAACAUCAAGUACCAACUCUGCUACCUUCAUUAUACCUAAAGUGAACUUUGAUAACGAAGGAUCGUACCAGUGUCAGUAUCAGACAAGUGUUUCAAGACGAGACUUCAGCUCCCCUUUAAGUGACUCUGUCAGACUCUCUGUUACUGUGAGACUGCAGCCGCCCAGCAUCUCCCUGACGUCUCCUAACAGAGGUUCAGAGGUCACCAGGGGGGACAGCUUUGUCUUCACCUGCUCCACUUCCUCCCACUAUCCCACUGGUGUUUUCUUCCUCAUCUUCUCUGGCUCCAACAUCACUGACCCCAAGCCAGCAGUCAACCACUCAGCCUCCUUUAACUUCCCUGCUGCUGAGUACGAACACCAGGGCAACUACAGCUGUGUGUAUGAAGUCACAUGGUCUACACGGAAAUACACUUCUCCCAUGGCUGCACCAGUUAGUGUCGUCAUCAAAACUAAGAGAAUUUAA